AUGGCAUCCAAGCCCAUUCGCGAGUACGACGCCAAGCUCCUUCUUGCGCAUUGGCUCCCGCUUGCCCCCCCACCGACCGCGUCAUAUCCUUCGGUGAACAAGGACUUCAAAUUCCCCAAGCCUCGCGUCGCUCAGCUCGGAUGGAGCGAGGGUGUCUUCGAUGACCAGUACCUCAUUGCACCACGAUGGAUUGACCCUUCUGCCACAAAACUUGUCGCCAAACCCGACAUGCUCAUCAAGCGUCGUGGUAAAGCUGGUCUCCUCGGCCUCAACAAAACCUGGGAAGGCACGGAUGGUGCCAAAGCUUGGAUUAAAGAGCGCGCAGGCAAACCCGUCAAGGUCGAGCACACAACAGGCACAUUGACGACCUUCAUCGUCGAGCCAUUCCUCCCCCACCCUUCCAACACCGAAUACUACGUCUGCAUCAACUCUGGCCGUGAAGGCGAUGCCAUUCUCUUCACCCACGAAGGUGGUGUAGACAUCGGUGAUGUCGACUCCAAAGCCCUGCGCCUCAAUCUCCCUGUCUCCGUUCUUUCUCCCUCAGGCACCUUCCCUUCUCGUGACACUAUCAAAUCGACUCUACUCGGUGCCGUUCCUGAACAAAACAAAGACGCCCUUACCGACUUCAUCCUCCGUCUGUACGCCGUCUACGUCCACCUCCACUUCACCUAUCUCGAAAUCAAUCCUCUUGUUUGUCUCGAUGGUGGUGAAAUCCACUUCCUUGACAUGGCCGCCAAACUCGAUCAAACUGCGGAGAGCAUCUGUGGUCCGAUGUGGGCUGUUGCUCGCGAUCUGACGCUCUACGAAGAGUCGUUUGGUGCCCCUAAAGCCGCUGACGCGAAGAAGGCUGGUGGUGUUCAGACUGACCGUGGUCCACCAAUGGUCUUCCCCGCUCCCUUCGGCCGUGACUUGACUACCGAGGAGGCAUACAUCCAAAAGUUGGAUGCCUCAACUGGCGCGUCGCUCAAGCUGACGGUUCUCAACCCCAAAGGCCGUAUCUGGACAAUGGUUGCUGGUGGUGGCGCUAGUGUCGUCUACUCCGAUGCUAUUGCUGCCCAUGGCUUCGCUGGUGAGCUGGCCAACUACGGCGAAUACAGUGGUGCUCCGACGGAGGGCCAGACAUACGAAUAUGCUCGCACCAUCAUCGAUCUGAUUACCCGUGGCACUCCACAUCCCCAAGGCAAGAUCCUCAUCAUUGGUGGUGGUAUCGCCAACUUCACCAACGUUGCUGCUACUUUCAAGGGUAUCAUCCGGGCCUUGAAGGAGUUCAAGACUGGUCUUGUUAACCACAAUGUCAAGAUCUACGUUCGUCGUGGUGGCCCCAACUACCAGGAAGGUCUCCGUGCUAUGCGUUUGCUCGGAGAGAGCCUAGGUGUUCCGAUCAAGGUCUAUGGCCCUGACACACACAUUACCGACAUCGUCCCCAUUGCUCUUGGUAUCGACCUCACCAAGAAGCCUGUCCCAAUCCCCAGCACUGGCACCACUACUCCUGCUGCUACCGAUGUCAAGGUCACCGAGACUACCGAAUCGGCUGCUGUUGGCACCAUCCAUCCUUCCGGUGAACGAACACAACCCAACGACCAGAUUGUCCAUUUCGACACUGAAGCCCCGAGUGGUUCUCGCCCAGCUUAUCGUCCGUUUGAUGACGCUACUCGCAGCUUUGUGUUCGGUCUCCAACCCCGUGCAAUCCAGGGCAUGCUCGACUUCGAUUACUCGUGUGGUCGUAAGACACCCAGUGUUGCUGCCAUGAUCUACCCCUUCGGUGGCCACCACAUCCAGAAGUUCUACUGGGGAACUCGGGAAACCCUUCUUCCCGUCUACACCAGCAUUGACGAGGCUGUCGCCAAACACCCUGACGUUGAUGUUGUCGUCAACUUCGCUUCUUCCCGAAGUGUCUACUCUUCAACCAUCGACAUCCUCAAGUUCUCUUCCCAAAUCCGCAGCAUUGCCAUCAUCGCAGAGGGUGUCCCUGAACGACAUGCCCGCGAUCUGCUGUACCGUGCCCAGGAGAAGGGUGUCUUGAUUAUCGGCCCCGCCACUGUUGGUGGUAUCAAGCCUGGUUGCUUCCGUAUUGGUAACUCUGGUGGCAUGAUGGACAACAUCAUCUCGUCCAAGCUCUACCGCGCUGGCUCUGUUGGCUACGUCUCCAAAUCCGGAGGCAUGUCCAACGAGCUCAACAACAUCCUUUCCCUCGUCACCAACGGCACAUACGAGGGUAUCGCCAUUGGUGGUGACCGUUAUCCCGGUUCAACUUUCAUCGACCAUCUGUUGCGGUACGAGGCCGACCCCAACUGCAAGAUGCUUGUCUUGCUCGGUGAAGUCGGUGGUGUUGAGGAAUACCGUGUCAUCGAGGCCGUCAAGAGCGGCCGCAUCACCAAACCCAUCGUUGCUUGGGCUAUUGGAACUUGCGCCAAGAUGUUCGAUACUGAAGUCCAGUUUGGCCACGCUGGAAGUAUGGCUGAUUCGGAGAUGGAGACGGCUGAUGCGAAGAACUCGGCCAUGCGCGCUGCUGGUUUCGUCGUUCCUGCUACCUUCGAGGAGCUCCCCAAGGCGUUGAAAGACACUUAUGAUGGUCUUGUUUCCAAGGGUGUUAUCGUUCCCAAGGCCGAGAUGGACCCGCCAGUCAUCCCUAUGGACUACAAGUGGGCUCAGGAACUCGGUCUUAUUCGCAAACCUGCUGCUUUCAUCUCGACCAUCUCUGACGAGCGUGGCCAAGAACUGCUUUACGCCGGCAUGCGUAUUUCUGAUGUGUUCAAGGAGGACAUCGGUGUUGGUGGUGUUGUGAGUCUGCUGUGGUUCAAGCGUCGUCUGCCGCCGUGGGCCACCAAAUUCAUCGAAAUGGUGCUCAUGCUUACCGCCGACCACGGGCCUGCCGUGUCUGGUGCCAUGAACACUAUCGUCGCCUCUCGCGCGGGCAAAGACCUCAUCUCCUCUCUCGCUUCUGGUCUCCUCACCAUCGGAAGCCGAUUUGGCGGUGCGCUUGACGAGGCCGCCUCUAUGUUCUCCCAAGCUCGGGACACGGGUCUGACACCACGUGAAUUCGUCGAUAACUCGCGCAAGGCGAACAAACUGAUCUCUGGUAUUGGCCACAAGAUCAAGAGCGUCAACAACCCCGAUUUGCGAGUAGAGCUUGUCAAGGAAUACGUCCGCAAGCACUUCCCGAGCCACAGCCUGCUCGACUAUGCUCUUGCGGUCGAGAAAGUCACCACCGCGAAGAAGGACACGCUUAUCCUGAACGUCGACGGGUGCAUUGCGGUCUGCUUCGUCGACCUGCUACGCGACAGUGGUGCUUUCACGCCCGAGGAGGCCGACGAGUACAUUAAGAUCGGCACACUCAACGGCCUCUUCGUGCUCGGCCGAAGCAUCGGCUUUAUCGGCCACCACCUCGACCAGAAGCGGCUCCGCGCGCCGCUCUACAGGCAUCCCGCCGACGACAUCUUCAUCAACAUGGCUGACGUCAGCCAGCCGCGGGUGCUUGGGCGUGUCCAGUAG